CCAGCGGGUGCUCAGAGCCCGGGUGGCUGGCGGCUGCGUAGUCCGUUCGGCCGCCUAUCUCUCAGCCCACCCCGCACGGUCCCGGCGUCGGCUCUGGCGGGACCCUCUGUGGGCAGGUCUGCGCCCUCUUCUCCGGUGUCAACCUGGUGCUGAAUCUUGAACCCGUGAAAUACCUUCUUAAUUACAUCUGAGAAAAGGAUCCUGAUUGAAUCAGUGCUUUACAGUAUAACUCAAUGCUCUCCAAGAAGCUGAGAUAUGCCCACUGUUGAGAGUGAAGCAAAGGUGAAGACCAAAGUUCGCUUUGAGGAAUUGCUUAAGGCCCACAAUGAUCUGAUACGUGAAAGAAAAAAACUGAAGAAAAAAAUUGGCAAAUCUGGAGAAAAAUUCUCACUUGAUGCAGUUAGAAGCAAUCUUCAGAAAAUCAGGGAAACUAAAAGUGAUGAUAUAAGUGCUGCUAACACUAAGAACCCAGGGAAGAACAUGCGAGUCACUAAAAGCAAACCAAGAGAUCCAGAGCCAGCAAAUGAAGAUCCAGAUAAUGAUGUUAAUGUGGAGGACGACAAGCAAGAAAAGGCAAAUAAAAAGGUUAUAAAAACAGCACUCCAGGUGACAGCACAAGAAGUGGAGCCGGAAACUCCUGAGAAGAAGGCGGAUGCAAUACCCCAGAAAGCACGGACCAAGCCACUGCCAGGUGUCACUCAUGAGAAAAGUGAGAAGGCCAAGGAAGGAGAAAAUAGUUUAGAUGAGGAAGAACUGAUGCAAGUAUACCAGCUCCAAGUAGCUGAAGAAAUGGCAAAGGAGAUUAAGAAGAAAAUCCGAAAGAAACUCAAGGAGCAGUUGUCUUACUUUCCCUCAGAGACUUCCUUUCCUUCAGAUACUUCAUUGUAUGAUGACAAAUUGAACGGUGAAAAAAGAAAAAAGAAAAAAAAGAAAGUUCCAAUCCUGUCUAAAUCUGAAACAAGUACAUUGAUCAUCUCUGAUGACCCAGUUGAAGGUGAACAAAAGAAGGAAUCUCCAGUUGGAGCAGUUACUUCAGAUUCUCAUCAAGAUGAUGAAAUAAGCUCAAAGGAACAAAAUGUAGAAGACAAUGUGCAAGAUGACGCAAAAUCCAAACCGAAAGAAAGGAAGAAGAAGGCUAAAACAGUUUCAGAUGAUAAUGAAGACACUGAUGGUGACGGUGUUCAUGAAAUAACAAGCCGAGAUAGUCCAAUUUAUCCCAAAUGUUUGCUUGAUGAUGACCUUGUCCUGGGAGUUUACAUUCACCGAACUGAUCGACUUAAGUCAGAUUUUAUGAUUUCUCACCCGAUGGUAAAAAUUCAUGUGGUUGAUGAGAAUACUGGUCUAUAUGUCAAGAAAGAUGAUAGUGAACGGCCUGUUUCAUCUUACUAUGAAAAAGAGAAUGUGGAUUAUAUUCUUCCUAUUAUGACCCAGCCAUAUGACUUUAAACAGUUAAAAUCAAGACUUCCGGAGUGGGAAGAACAAAUUAUAUUUAAUGAAAACUUUCCCUAUUUGCUUCGAGAUUUUGAUGAGAGUCCUAAAGUCAUCCUGUUCUUUGAGAUUCUUGAUUUCUUAAGCAUGGAAGAAAUUAAGAACAACUCUGAAAUUCGAAACCAAGAAUGUGGCUUCCGGAAAAUCGCCUGGGCAUUUCUCAAGCUUCUAGGAGCCAAUGGAAAUGUAAACAUCAAUUCGAAACUUCGCUUGCAGCUGUAUUACCCACCCACAAAGCCUCGAUCCCAAUCAAAUGUCGUUGAGGUUUUUGAGUGGUGGUUAAAAUGUCCAAGAAAUCGUUAUCCAUCAACGUUGUAUGUAACUGUAAGAGGAUUAAAAGUUCCAGAAUGUAUAAAGCCAUCUUACCGUUCUAUGAUGGCUCUUCAGGAAGAAAAGGGUAAACCAUUGUAUUGUGAACAACACCAUGAGGCAUGUUCAGUAGACACAGAACCUGGAUUAGAAGAUUCAAAGGAAGUGGUGAAGUGGAAACGACUGCCUGGGCAGGCUUGCCGUAUCCCAAACAAGCACCUCUUCUCACUAAAUGCAGGAGAGCGAGGAUGUUUUUGUCUUGCUUUCUCCCACAAUGGAAGAAUAUUAGCAGCAGCCUGUGCCAGCCGGGAUGGGUAUCCAAUUAUUUUAUAUGAAAUUCCUUCUGGACGUUUCAUGAGAGAAUUGUGUGGCCACCUCAAUAUCAUUUAUGAUCUUUGCUGGUCAAAAGAUGAUCGCUAUAUCCUUACUGCAUCAUCUGAUGGCACUGCCAGGAUAUGGAAAAAUGAAAUAAACAAUACAAAUACUUUCAGAGUUUUACCUCAUCCUUCUUUUGUUUACACGGCUAAAUUCCACCCAGCUGUAAGAGAGCUGGUGGUUACAGGAUGCUAUGAUUCUGUGAUACGUAUAUGGAAAGUUGAUAUGAGAGAGGAUCCUGCCAUAUUAAUCCGACAGUUUGACACUCACAAGAGUUUCAUCAACUCUCUCUGUUUUGAUAUUGAAGGUCAUCACAUGUAUUCAGGAGACUGCACAGGGGUGAUUGUUGUUUGGAAUACGUAUGUCAAAGUUAAUGACGUUCAACACUCAGUGCGUCACUGGAGUGUAAAUAAGGAAAUUAAAGAGAGUGAGUUUAAGGGGAUUCCAAUAAGUUACUUGGAGGUUCAUCCCAAUGGAAAACGUUUGUUAAUUCAUACCAAAGACAGUACUUUGAGAAUUAUGGAUCUCCGAAUAUUAGCAGCAAGGAAAUUUGUAGGUGCAGCAAAUUAUCGAGAGAAGAUUCACAGUACUUUGACACCAUGUGGGACUUUUCUCUUUGCUGGAAGUGAGGAUGGUAUAGUAUAUGUUUGGAACCCAGAAACAGGAGAACAAGUAGCCAUGUAUUCUGACCUGCCAUUCAAGUCACCCAUUCGAGAUAUUGCUUAUCAUCCACUUGAAAAUAUGGUUGCAUUUUGUGCGUUUGGGCAGAAUGAGCCAAUUCUUCUGUAUAUUUAUGAUUUCCAUGUUGCCCAGCAGGAGGCUGAAAUGUUCAAACGCUACAAUGGAACAUUUCCAUUACCUGGAAUACACCAAAGUCAAGAUGCUUUAUGCACCUGCCCUAGACUGCCUCAUCAGGGCUCUUUUCAGAUUGAUGACUAUGUCCGCACUGAAAAUUCUUCAGUGAAGAUGCAGCAAGUGAAACAGAGGAUUGAUUCUGUCACAGAGGUGAUACGAGCCUGUGCUGCAAAGGUUAACAAAAAUCUCUCAUUUACUUCAGUAUCAGUCUCCUCACAACAGUCGAAGUCAAAACAAUCAAACAUGCUGGACGCUCAUCAGAUUCUGCAUCAAUUUGGUUUCACUCAAACUGGGUGUUUAAUUCCUGCAUAUACAGAUUCUGGGAAUGCAAGAUUCAUUCAUACAUUCAGGAUUAUCAGUAUAGGAAGAAAGCCUUGUAACCACCAUGUAGAUACAGCACCAACGGUAGUGGCCCUUUAUGACUACACAGCGAAUCGAUCAGAUGAACUAACCAUCCAUCGCGGAGACAUUAUCCGAGUGUUUUUCAAAGAUAAUGAAGACUGGUGGUAUGGCAGCAGAGGAAAGGGACAGGAAGGUUACUUUCCAGCUAAUCAUGUGGCUAGCGAAACACUCUAUCGAGAACAGCCUCCAGAGGUAAAGGAGCGAUCCCCUCCUUUAACCCCUAAGGAAAAAGCCAAAAUGGAAAAAGCUCUUUCAGCUCCACAAAAGAAGAAGAAGUAAAAUUAUACCUUUUGGCAGCUGCUGAAUCUUCUAAGUCCUUCCAAGUGGAACACACCUGAUCUGUCGCUAAACGUACCAGCUACCUUCUAACAUUUCGUCUGGGUCAUUGAAGUGUCAGCGGGAGAUGCCAGCAUUUGGCUUCUCCACUGCAAGAGGAGGGGACGGGCCUUGUUCGUUACUCUCCACAGUUGGCUAGAGAAUCCCCAGACAAAUUAACCUGUGCCACAGGGGUAUAGGAGAACGUUUUCCUCAAGCUCAUUCCAGAACAUUUUUAUCACAGUGUGCUGUAAAUUUGCAUCCCAUAAAAGGAAAAAUAUUGCUGCUAUCAGGGAGGAAAGAACCUCAGAAGGUUUGGGAAAAAAGAAGUGCUGACAGUCUUAGUUUAUUUGUGUUUGUAUCAUGGACCAUUUCUUUUUUAGGCUCUUUAUUUUUGAUAGCUUAAGCAUUAAUCUGUAGCAUUCAUUUAUUCGGGGAGGAAAAUUGUCGUUCAAGUUCCUUGUAUAGGGCUUCCCUGGUGGCUCAGUGGUUGAGAGUCUGCCUGCUACUGCAGGGGACACGGGUUCAAGCCCUGAUCUGGGAGGAUCCCACAUGCCGUGGAGCAACUAGGCCCGUGAGCCACAACUACUGAUCCUGCGCGUCUGGAGCCUGUGCUCCGCAACAAGAGAGCCCGUGAUCGUGAGAGGCCCGAGCACCGCGAUGAAGAGUGGCCCCCGCUCGCCACAACUAGAGAAAGCCCUCGCACAGAAACGAAGACACAACACAGCAAAAAUAAAUUAAUUAAUUUUUUUAAAAGAAGUUUUUUGUAUAAAAAUUUUAAUUACUUUGAGGAUUUACUAUAAAAGUAAUAUACUUUUUUUUUCCUUCAUUGGAGUAUAAUUGCUUUACAAUGGUGUGUUAGUUGCUGCUUUGUAACAAAGUGAAUCAGCUAUACAUUUACAUAUAUCCCCAUAUCUCCUCCCUCUUGCGUCUCCCUCCCACCCUC